CACCAGUGUGGUGUAGGGCUGAUAAUUACAUUUCCAUAAACAUCUGUUCAACGCGCUAAGCUGAAAAAACGACUCAAGACGUGCCAUCUCCAACUCAAUCUCGCUUUAGAACUCGAGGCUCUGGAACACUCGCAUAUAAAACUCACGUCACGCUCAAAGAAUACUCGAACAAAAUAUUUGUCUGGAUUUCCAACAAGUCUAGAAACAUAACGACAUCAUACAAAUUCAGAAUCUAGAUCUCACCAGGCAGUAGAUGAAACAGUUGGUCUGUAAUUAUGUGUGUGUGGUGGUUAAAAUGAAACAGACAUCUUGGUUUUAGUUUUAUGAAUAAAUUAUUUUUUAAAGCUGAUUUUUUUACUUUUUUAAAGUUUUUUUUUUCCAACGCAUCUGCCUGAAUCUCAAAAACCAAUUUAAGGAACAGAUCCACAAUGUCUUGGAUGAUCAAAGUGUCAAGUUUCUGUCUCUGUACAUUCUUACCUCUUCUGUUGGCUGAGCCUUUGUUUCUGACACCUUAUAUAGAAAGUGGGCGCAUACAAGAAGCACAAAGAGACAGUCUAGUGAACUCAUCCAAAAGUCUUUCAUCUCUCCUCCCAAAGGGAAGUCAUGCUGGAUUCAUAACUGUCAAUAAAACGUUAGGAAAUCAUUUGUUUUUCUGGUUCUUCCCAUGUUUGGAGAACACAUCGGCACCUCUAUUGGUUUGGCUCAACGGAGGUCCAGGCGUAUCUUCAAUGUUUGGAUUACUUUGGGAAAAUGGGCCGAUUGAAAUUUCUUCAGAAGAUGAUAUUUGCAAGUAUAAGCCAAGGAAACACUCCUGGACGAAAUCAUUUUCUAUGCUGUACAUAGACAACCCGGUAAAUGUGGGAUACAGUUUUAGUGAAAGUGGUCCAGCUGGUGAACGAUUAACUCAAGACAGUGUCAGCAAAGAUCUCUACUCAUUUAUGGAGCAGUUUUAUUCUUUGUUCCCUGAUUACAAAAAGAGAGAGCUUUACAUCGGAGGACAAUCUUAUGCUGGUAAAUAUGUUCCAUAUCUGGCUCACGUAAUACACACGCAGAGGAAGGCCAACGCUUCGGAUAUUCCUCUUGCUGGAAUUUAUAUUGGUGGCCCAUUUUUUGAUCCGCCAACUCAAAGCCCUGCAUUUUUCUACUAUCUCUACAGCAUGGGGGCUAUCAGCCAUGAGCAAAUGUUGUUUCAUCAGAAAACGGUUGAAAAUUUGUUUCGGGAUUACAAAAACGGACAAUUAAAGAUAACCAAUCUAAGCCACAUUUUCACGACUUUGGUUCCUAGGUUAGGGUUUGAUAGCAAAGACAAUUACUUGUCGAAUGUCAGGCCUCGUUACGACAAGGCUUGGAAGUUUAUGAACACUGCGGAAGUUAGAGAGGCGGUUCAUGUCGGCAUCAGGAAAUUCCGAGUUAUCAAUGAAAAUAUCUUUGACAGAUUCAGCUCGGACAUCUUUGUCAGCGCCAAGGAUAAAGUGAGCGCCCUACUGGAACACUACAAGGUGUUGAUCUUUACCGGGGACAGCGAUGUCAUAGUCAGCACCUACAUGGUAGACACCGCCCUGAUGAGCACCCCAUGGUCAAAGCAAGCCGAGUUCAUAGCGUCGAGCAGAACUCCGUGGUGGUCUGUCUCCCAGACAGGGCCGGAACUGAAAGGGUUCUACACGUCCGUAGGUCAGCUGUGCCGAGUGGUGGUUAGAAAAGCUGGUCACCAGACACCACAUGACCAGCCAGAAGCAACACUGGAAAUGAUGCAACAGUUUGUAAAUUAUGGCUGCCUGAAGGGUGACAUAAAAGUCCCAAGACAGAGGUACCAUCGCGUUUUGAAAAAUUGCAGUGGUAUCGAAAACUCAGGGUCAUCAAAUGGAAGUACAAUCCAGGCGACAAAGAGGUGCACUCUGCCCAUACUUUAAGAAGUGAUAUUGAUUUAUCUAGUGCUGAUGUGAUUAGUUUGUUGAUAACAUUACUAAUAAUUUUAUUGUGUUGCAUACGCUAACAGUUCUUCAUAAAUGGCUUUGUGUUAUCUAAGAAAGACCACCCGAAUUUGUACCUAAAUUCGUUAGGGAGUUUUAGUUUACCUGUUGCGGGUCGGGCGCCGCCAAGAUUUAAUUUUCGAUGAUAUGUUACAGCGUCAAGGUAGUGAGGCUUCCGUAUUAAUUUCCUACCAAGUUCAGGAUAACUUCCCUUUUCUAAUGUGAAACAUGAAAUCGUGACCACGAAACUGAAUUGUUUAUUUGUUUUAUUUGUGUAUGUACAACGACUCUGAUGUUUUGUGAAUUAAUCACAUACUUUAUGUUGAAUUACGAUCUGUAACCAUCUUCAUCUCAGACUACUCAAAAUGUAUAUUUUUGUCUUUAAAAAAAUCAAAUUAUAUUAAUAAAUAUAAUAAUCUUUUAA